CAUGCUGGCAGUGAUGCUGAAGAUCUGCGUCUUCUUUCCCAGCACAACCUCCGAGAUUUGGCAGCAUCAUCUUUCAUCAUCGCAUUAUUGAUUAUUGAUUAUUCCACGAGGAUGGCGUCCAAACACGUCGGCAUCUUCUUUCAUCUUCUGCUCUUCUCAUAUCAAACCUCCGCUUUUCCAACCCCGACACCAUCCGGCGAGGAUCAAUUCUUGUAUGAUGGACUGCUGACAGGAGAAAGAUUACCUGAAGAGCAGAUUGCUGAGGCGGACAAUGUGAAAGCUGCAGUACAGUUGGCUGAGAGGAAGCAGGAGGACCAGGAUGAGGACCAGGAUGAUCAGCUUGUGGUCCUCAGCCAGAAGGUGAAGGACCAGGAUGAGGACCAGGAUGAGGACCAGGAUGAGGACCAGGAUGAUGAGGUUGUGGUCCACAGCCAGAAGGUGAAGGACCAGGAUGAGGACCAGGAUGAGGACCAGGAUGAGGACCAGGAUGAUGAGGUUGUGGUCCACAGCCAGAAGGUGAAGGACCAGGAUGAGGACCAGGAUGAGGACCAGGAUGAGGACCAGGAUGAUGAGGUUGUGGUCCACAGCCAGAAGGUGAAGGCGGUGAAGCAUCACUUUGUUCCAGAUGACUCGGAUUCCACCAAGAGUAGACGUCUGGCGCAGGACUAUGAUUCUACCAAGAACGCCAUGGAACAUGAUGAGCCGGAGACGUUCCGUCAGGUGGACGGUUCAAUGCUGACCUCGGAGGACAUCGUCCAGAAGAUGGCCAACAAGAUCUACCAGGAGGACGACCGAGGCGUCUUUGACAGGAUCGUUUCCAAGCUGCUCAAACUUGGCCUGAUAACAGCAAGCCAAGCAGACACUUUGGAGUACCAAGUAGCCGAGGCUCUGCAGGAUCUCAUCAGCAAAAAUGCCAAAAAGGAGGUUGAAGAAAGCAAGGAGGAGAUCAGAGAAGUGAAGGACAAGCAGGAACAGGAUAAAUGGAAGUCCAAUGAGGAGGAGGAGGAGGAGAAGGAGAAGAAGGAGGAGGAGGAGGAGGAGGAGAAGGAGAAGGUGAUGGAUGAGGUGGUCAGGAAGGCAGAAGAUGAGAGUGAAGACAAGGUGUGGGACAAAGAAGACCCAGAAGAUGAGAGUGAAGACAAGGUGUGGGGCAAAGAAGACCCAGAAGAUGAGAGUGAAGACAAGGUGUGGGGCAAAGAAGACAAAGAAGAUGAGACUGAAGACGACAAUGAAGUCCACCCAGAGGACGGUCUUCAGGACCUGCAGUACUUCCCCAACUUCUACCGCCUGCUCAGGAGCCUCCAUUCAGAUGAAGAUGCUGAGGAGAGAGAGACUCUGAUCACCAUCAUGAAGACGCUGAUAGACUUUGUCAAGAUGAUGGUCAAGUACGGCACCAUCACACCUGAAGAGGGCGUGGCCUAUCUGGAGAACCUGGACGCCAUGAUCGCCAUGCAGACUAAGAACAAGUUGGGAAAGUCUCUGGGACUUCAGGACUUUGCAGUUGGAAAGAAUUUGGACGAGGAUGACAACACGAAGGCCGAGGCUUCCAAGAUGCAGAAGGAGUAUGAGAACCUGGAGGACUCCACCAAGGAGGAUCAGCCAUCUACAAGUCAUACCAACGGGCCUGGCAAGUCGCAGACCUACUUGGAGGCCAUCAGGAAGAACAUUGAGUGGCUGAAGAAGCACAACAAGGAAGAAGGCAGAGAAGACUAUGACUUGUCCAAACUGAAAGACUUCAUGGACCAGCAAGUGGACUCUUACAUCGACAAGGGAAUCAUCGCCAAGGACGAGGGAGACACCAUCAAGAGAAUCUACAGCAGCCUGUGACCUCCUCCUCCAUCCCUAGAACCGUGACAUAAUCCCUAUCCCUAGGACCGUGACCUCCUCCUCCAUCCCUAGAACCGUAACAUAAUCCCUGUGCCUAGAAUGGUGACCUCAUCCUCCAUCCCUACUACCGUGACAUAAUCCCUAUCCUUAGAACCGAGACCUCAUCCUCAUCUCUAGCACCGUGACCUCAUCCUCCAUCCCUAUGACCGUGACCUCAUCCUCCAUCCCUAGAACGUGACUUAAUCCUCCAGCCCUAGAACCGUGACCUCAUACGCCAUCCCUAGUACCGUGACCUCAUCCUCCAUACCUAGAACGUCACCUCAUUCUCCAUCCCUUGUAGGGUGACCUCAUCCUCCAUCCCUAGAACCGUGACCUUAUACUCCAUCCCUAGAAUCAUGACCUCAUCCUCCAUCCCUAGCACGUGACUUCAUCCUCCAUCCCUAGACCGUGACUUUAUCCUCCAUUCCUAGAACCGUGACCUCAUCCUCCAUCCCUGGAACGUGAGCUCAUUCUCCAUCACUAGAACCGUGACCUCAUCCUCCAUCCCUAGAACCGUGACAUCAUCCCUAUCCUUAUAUCCAUGACCUCAUCCUCCAUCCCUAAAACCAUGACCUCAUUCUCCAUCCCCAGAACCGUGACCUCAUUCUCCAUCCCUAGCACCGUGACAUAAUCCCUAUCCCUAGGACGUGACCUCAUCCUCCAUCCCUAGAACGUAACCUCCUCUAUCCCUUCAACCCGACCUCAUCCUACAACCCUAGAACGUAACAUCCUCCUCUAUCCCUUCAACCUGACGUCAUCCUCCAUCCCUAAAAUCUCCUCCUCCUCUAGCCCUUGAACCGGACCUCAUCCUCCAUCCCUAGAAUGUUCUUCUCAAGGUUGAAGAAAGCUCCUAACGAGGCAGUAAAAUGAUUCCAAUUUGCACAAGUUGUAUAUUUUUGAAACACAUCCAUCAAAUUGUAUCAUCCCGUGUAAACAAACAUAUCUUCAAUUUUGUGUCUUUGAAAGUCCUUAUUGUUUCCCCAAAACAUCUUUGUGAUGACAUGCUAGCGUAUUUCCUGGACUGUAAUUAAACCUUCGUUAAGUUGAACAUUUCCAUCUGGCUCCGCAGGAGAUGAGCUUUUUCUAAAUGUAAAUAUGUCUUGGAAACCAUUAAAAGAUUGCAUUUUC